UAAUUGCCAAGUCUAUGUACACCUUCAAUGAAUUUGACUAGUUUUAAGUGUUUGUUGUUGUUAUUGCAGAGAGUAAACAAUGACAGCAACGCUGAAUUAUAUAACAUAAUACACGAUUGCCAUUUGUCACAUUUUGGUCAGAACACGGUCUGGCUUAACCUGCAUCAAAGACGUUCAGAGUUCCUCUCCAAAUGGCGGUAUCUCAUCCUCCAGUCUGUCUUCAUAUUUUACAGAAGAACCGUUUCCAAUCUUGCGGAAGUGGAGGUUUCUUUUACCUGCAGACGGGCUGGCGGGCCCGGCCUCGCUGCUGCUGCGGUCGAGAGCGUGACAGAUUGACGUCAUCGGUAUUGACGCAGAGCGAGCCAGCCGGGCAUCAGAGAGGCAGCGCCGCCGCAGCAGCAGCAGCACCAGCAUCCCGGCUAACCAGCGGUAGCCUUCCUCCCCAGCCUCCCACCACCAGCGAGGUGUUUUCUCCCUGAGCAUCCUCUGGAGAUAACGAGAUAAAAGAUAAGAUGGCCACCUCCUCCUCGACUCUGGAAGAAGACGAGAGCUUGAAGGGCUGUGAAAUCUUUGUGCAGAAGCAUAACAUCCAGCAGAUCCUCAAAGAGUGCAUUGUGAACCUCUGCAUCGCUAAGCCUGAGCGUCCUAUGAAGUUCCUGCGGGAGCAUUUUGAAAAGCUGGAGAAGGAAGAAUGCAAGCAGAUCAUGGCACGUCAGAAAUCUAACAGCCAGUCGGACUCACACGAUGACGAGGUUUCUCCCCCACCGCCCAACCCUAUUGUCAAGACCCGGUGCCGCAGGGGAGGGGUCAGCGCCGAGGUGUACACUGAAGAGGACGCGGUCAGCUACGUACGCAAGGUCAUCCCUAAGGACUACAAGACCAUGACCGCCUUGGCCAAAGCCAUUUCCAAGAAUGUGCUGUUUGCUCACCUGGACGAUAAUGAAAGAAGUGACAUAUUUGAUGCCAUGUUCCCAGUCACCCACAUUGCGGGGGAAACAGUCAUCCAGCAAGGCGAUGAAGGAGACAACUUCUAUGUGAUUGACCAAGGUGAAGUGGACGUCUAUGUGAAUGGGGAGUGGGUGACCAAUAUUGGAGAAGGAGGUAGUUUUGGAGAGCUGGCGCUGAUCUACGGGACUCCAAGAGCUGCAACCGUCAAGGCCAAGACUGACCUUAAACUGUGGGGCAUCGACCGAGACAGCUACCGACGCAUUCUCAUGGGCAGCACACUGAGGAAGAGAAAGAUGUAUGAAGAAUUGCUCAGCAAGGUGUCCAUCCUUGAGUCUUUGGAUAAGUGGGAACGUCUGACUGUGGCUGAUGCUCUGGAGCCAGUUCAGUUUGAGGACGGAGAGAAGAUAGUGGUGCAAGGAGACCCGGGGGACGACUUCUUCAUUAUUACAGAGGGAAUAGCCUCUGUUCUGCAGCGCAGGUCUGACAAUGAGGAGUACGUGGAGGUCGGCCGCCUGGGACCCUCCGACUACUUUGGGGAAAUCGCCCUGCUGUUGAACCGUCCCAGGGCAGCCACUGUCGUCGCCCGGGGUCCGCUGAAGUGUGUGAAGCUGGACCGGCCCCGCUUUGAGCGUGUGCUGGGGCCGUGCUCAGAGAUCCUCAAGAGGAACAUCCAGAGAUACAACAGCUUCAUCUCCCUUACUGUGUGACAUGUCGGCCCCUCUGGGCGCCACCAGCAUGGGUGGGCAGCAUCAGCAUCGGCGUUUGGGUCCGUGGGUGGGAAUAGGCGAGGAUGCGGGGUGAAGGACAUGGGUUUUACAGCCACAACUACAGGGCGCUCAUUUACUGCCUUUUUUUUUUCUCUCCAUUUUGCGCUUUUCUUUUUUUCUUUCCGAUCCUGUGCACUUGACCGGUGCUGUCACGUAGCUUUAUGUCAAAACCAACAUGCAGGAGUGUAAAUAUCAGAGGGAGGACAGGAAUAAUCCAACUCAUUAAAUACUGUAAAUGAGUCAAAUAUACAGUGUGGUAACUGUAUGUGAUGCAUGCUUCUAGAUUGACGAAGAACCACAUUUGCACUUCCAUGAAUUUAUGAAAGGUACGGAUGAAUUCAGGAAACAAGAAGGAGGUAAAGUCAUGUUUAUGUACAGCAGAUGGAAGCGAGCACAUAUUUCUUUUUUCCGCUGGCUGUUGUUUGCCUUUUCUUUCACUUCUGGGUGUGCGUGGUGCCAUUUCUAGGUCAAAUCAGACGCGCACUAAACAGACCCCUGUUCCCUUAAAACGUAGCUGUACAGGAUACUUGGCCGUUUCAUUUUAAAUGCUUGUUAAGUGUGCUUUUGCUGCUAUUAUCAGUUGGGUUUGUUCAAGGCAGUGGGAUGUUGAGUUCACAUUUUAACAUUAUCUCAGCUAAAUUAACGAACAAGUUUGUUUUUUCUCAAUGAAUCGUCUCUGUCCUGUUAAUUCCUGAUGUGGUUCAGUCUGAUCUGUGAGUUGUGGGAUACCAAAGGAGCCGUCGCGUUAUCAGUCCAGGCCGCAUACACACAACCAGAGUCUGAAACUCACUCAUACUGUCGAUGCUUACACUGUCUCAGGACAAUUUAAAUCUUCAACACAAACACACGUCUUUCCUGACACUUUUCAUUCGGUUGUGUUGCUCGAUGAAAGCUUUUGCACCACUUUUAGAGUUUGUAACGAUGGGUCAAUACAGAUGUUUGAAUUAGCUGUUUUUAAGACAUGACUUACAUGUUAUGAAUAUAUAAAAGACAGAAGUAAAAAGAUACUUGUGUUGCUUUCCUUUGACCUACUGUAUUUUGUCAAACUUGCACAACUGACCCAUUGACUGAUGUCGUAUGAAAUGGCACAUGAAAAAUCUCUCUCUCUUUCUAUGUCUUUCUUUCAACUAUCAAAUAAUCUUGAGCAAAUAAAGAUAAGCUUCUGAAAUUCU